ACUCUAAAUAACUUCCAUUCCGGUGCCACUGAGCCCCAGCAUACCAUCCACACGGCACACUGUGUUAGUGCGUGAGGAUCACAUUUUGUUCUUGACUAUCUUUUUUAUUGAAACGAAUGAGAAGCUGUUAUUACUCAGAACUUUCUUCUACACCAGACAAAGGGCCUAACAACUGUGAGGAUUGUAGACAUUUUUUACUCUCCAUGCGCUGAUCAGAAGAAGUUUGGAAUAGUCAGCAGAGACAACAGGGCACGACACUUCACCACGAUAAUGACUCCUGGGUGAUUUACCUUCAUAAAGAGCCCGACGGAAACAUUUAAUUCAGAGUGAAGCCUGCCUUGAGGCAGACGUGAUUCUAAAGAACAGCGUGGCCUUCAGAUUCACUUUGUAGGCUAUUCAUUUCAACCACCUAGUGAUGGAUUUACCAGGUGGCCCAUACCUGAACACGAGGGCGCUCCUCUCACCUCUCGGCGCUACCCGCCUUUGCCAGCUGGCGAUGGGUUGUGCCGUCAUCGCCAUGGUGAUCCACACUGCGGGCUACAGCGGUUCCCACGGUGUGUUCUGCAUGGCCGUAUGGUGCUUCUGCUUUGCCAUGUCGGUGGUGAUCUUCUUCUUGGAUGCCACACGUCUCUACAGCUGCUUGCCAAUUUCUUGGGACAACCUCACCGUCACAUGUGCUGCCUUUGCCACACUUGUGUAUGUGACGGCCUCUGUGGUCUACCCGCUCUUCUUUGUCCGAUCCGAGUGCCCCUACGCUGGCUGCGACGUCCGCAAUUUCCGCAUUGCGGUCACUGUCUGCUCCAUCCUGGGGACUCUGGCCUACGGGGUCGAGGUGGCCCUGUGCCGAGCCAGACCGGGACAAGCCGUAGUAGGCUACAUGGCCACGGUCUCGGGCCUCCUCAAAGUAGUCCAAGGCUUUGUGGCCUGCAUUAUCUUUGGCGCUCUGGCCAACGGGAGUCAGUACUCCCUCUACGCCGCCACCAUCUACUGCGUUGCCGUCUACGCUUUCUGCUUUGCCCUGACUACACUGGUGGUCAUCAUGACGCUGUGCGGGCGUACCAAAACGGUGCGCUGUAUGUCCUUCGAUCGCUUCGUGGUGGUGUGCACCUUGCUGGAGGUGCUGCUCUACCUCAGCGCAUCGGUGGUGUGGCCCGUGUUCUGCUUCGACGCCAAAUACGGCUCACCCUGGCGACCGUCCUCGUGUCCUCAAGGGAAGUGUCCCUGGGACAGCAAAGUGGUGGUGGCCGUUUUCUCCGUUGUCAACUUGGCGCUCUAUGUGGCGGACCUGGUCUACUCGCAGAGGAUACGAUUUGCCCCUUCACAUUUGGCCUCACGUAGGCCAUAACACAGACUUUUAAUUUUGUCAGGCAGCUGAAUGUUUUUUUGUAUCAUCACAAGACAUCCUGCCAUGCAUAUCGCAAGGGACAUUUUGACAACAUUGAUGACGAUUUACUAUUCUAUACUGUUCAAUCUGGAUGCUCUCAGGAAUGUGAACUUGGAAUGUAAUCGACACAUGCGCUCAAAACCACACCCCAUCCACACAUCUUUGAACUGACCCUUCUUGACCUCUGAGGGGAUUAGGCUGACUAGACUGCCUCGCCCAAACAGCCGCUUGCUCUGUGCUGUCAAAUCAGCUUUGAAUUGGGCGGUCACGUGGUCCAACACUUAUUUUCUUUUUUUAUCCUUUGCAAAAUAAUACAUACAAGUUUGUAAUAUAAAUAGCAGAGCUGUGAUAUCUAUGGUAUCUGCUGUUAUCUGAAAAACUCACACCAGAUGAUAGAAAUGAUAUUACCAAUAAUAAACACGUGGCUUUUCUGCACUUGUGAAACAGUCACACUAAAAGUAGAUGACUGUGAAUGUGCCCCAUAAAAAUGGUAAAGUUAAAACACACAACAUUUAUGAUUAGACAAUUCAAACAUGGGCAGGGCAACACAAAUACCGUAUGUUUGCACACACUUUCAAAGUACACAUGAACCCGGCAGCACUAUGUACCUGUUUUAUUAUACUUUUUAAGUCGUUGGCGGCUUGGCGCGCACGAGAUUUACAUACAUUCAUUACCAGGUAUGUCAUGUCUGGACUUUUAAUUAUUCUUUUUUUUUAAUCAGUCUAAUGAUAAAGACCAUCUUCAAUUACUUUUAAAAAACAAAAUUGGGUGAACAAGCUUGAAUUUAUUCUGUGUUCUCAGAGUCAAAAUUAUGUAUCCAGGCAAAAUAAAAAAAAUAGAUACACUCCUAGUCUCUCACUAAUAAUUGAUUUAAUGUCCCUGAGCAAUUUAAGCAGCUUCUCUUUGAAGCUUGUGCCAUUGUUUUGACUUGAUAUUCGACCACUUGUUUGGGCAGAGGAUCGAGUUCAUUUCAAUUGAUUAGUUCCCUCAAAUGCAUUUGACAUUUAAACAUAACCCACAUACUAUGAUUAAAAGGGUUGUGGUCAGGACUUUGAGAAGCCAUUUCAGAAAAGAAAAGUAAAUCUUCUCUAUUCGUUCCGGAAUGACUUUUGCCGAGCGGGGAUGGAGCCAUUUCUGUUAGCGGUCUUUCUCUCUGGAAUGACCUCCCCUGUUAGGCAAUGUUAGGCAAACUCCUUUUCCGUCCAUUUUUAAUGCGCUAUAUAAAAAAGUUGUACUUUAUCUGUCUCAGAUUUGAGAAAUCAUAUUUGUGCACAUUUGAAUCGUGCCAUUAUUUUGGCAACUACUAACAAAAAUAGUGUGCAUAUCAUUGAGAGAGGGUUUCAAAAGUUUUUUUUUUUUCUUCACACCCCAACAUUAAAUUGGUAAUGCUAAAAAUGUUGAGCUUGAAGGCGUGCCUGUUCCGCAAGAGACUUUCUUCUGAUAAAUCCCACAGGGAUAUUUCUCAUUAGAGGCAACUCUUGCAUCACUUGUGGAUACAUCUGAACUGACUUGAUUAGGAGAUGGAGAAUCAGAGCAAUGGAGAGAGACACCUUGAAAUAAAAAUCAGAAACACCGCCCAUUGACAGCAAUACAAUGCCUUGUUGCCUCAUUCUAAGUAGGAACAUUUUCAUUUUAUGGUCAGGUAACUGGAGUCAGUGCCGGCAACUGUUGGAGCAAUAUUCUCAAGAGUACUAAAAUAUCCAAGUGCACUGAGGAUUGUGUUAUGGAGAUUCUCUAUUCUCAUACUAAUAGUAUAAUAAGAAUAACAAUAAUAUAAUGUAACAUUCACAUUCCCUGCCCCCCUGCCAAUGUAACUAAAUAUACUUAUUGUCUACAUUCCCAUUAGAACCCAUUGAAAAGUCAAAAUGUUAUCUUUGAAAUUUUCCAGAAGAAAUACAAUUUUACUCAUGCACACAGACUGAGAUUUGCACUAGACUGGUGCUGGGUGUGAAAAUACGGCCUCAAGCAUUAAUGAUAUUGAGAAUAUGAAACAUGUCCGUGAGAACAUAGCCAAAUUAAUGUUCCAUAUGUACAUGAAUGCAACCUAUCUUCAGAUCUCCAUUUACUAACUCCUUUGACUUUCCCACUCCCUCCAGACUCAUCGUAAACAUAGCUGUGUUUAAACACACACAUGGCACUCGAUGAAACCCUUUGACACAGAUUCGCUGUGACAGGUUGUCCAUCAUAACAUCUCCAAUGGGAAUGCAGUAGAUUUCUGCCAAAUGCUAAACUGGAAAUUUGAGCUGAGGUUGAAUGUGCAGAAAAAUAAGAAAAACACGGAUGGUAUUCUGACAGAUGUACCAAUGGACAAAUUAGAAGUAAUAUCUACGAUUAAUAUAUAGUAUUUUGAAAUAUGACUUGCUGUUCCGCACAGGUAUGGAUACCCCCCACACCAAAAUCGGCCAUUUCAAUUUCCAGAAUUUCCUCUGAAGGCCAUAUACCCAUAAAGCAGUUAGUGGUGUCAGCUCAUCUUUAAUCCCAGAGGACAGGGAACAGACGGGAUAAUAGAUGGACUGAUGGACGGACGGACAAACGAACAGACGGGAUGACAGAUGGAUGAUUUGGGCUUUUUAUAACUUUUCAUCAAAUAUAUUUUUUCCUUAGCAUGCCCCAUCUCUCAUAUGUUCUCAAAACUACUCUGCAUUGAAUGUUUUGUUUUUAAAAUGAUUUUCAUUCAUUACAUGCUAGUUGGACAACCAUGAAUAUCAUCAGACAUUCAUUUGUACUGUGGACACAGAGGUAAAAUUUUUUUGUGUUUUCUCAUGUGCACACCAUCUUGUCUUGUACUUGACAAGUGGAAUACAAGUUGUUGUGUUGGAUUUGUAUUUUUCAUUUUUUUUUAUUUAUAAUUGAAUUAGAUUUUUUUUCUAAAUUGAAAUAAAGAAAAAAAGCACACUGCUAUAUAUUGCUGCUAUAACAGUGCCAUUUCAUUGAUACAAACAAAAACUUCAUUCCAAGCAUCGGGAGUAAAGACUUUUGUAUGAACUCUGUAACGAGCCAUUUCAAAGGGUUGUUCUCAGAUAUCAAGCUUCUUGUUUGCACCUUGACAUUUUAAUUGGAUCCGUGCAGUUAUAUUGGAAAGUGUGAUCCCAUUUUACACCAAGUUGGAUUUUUUUUUUAAACCUGUCAAUAUCACAAUCCCACCUAUCAAAGGAAUACUUCAAACCCAAAUGGCCUAAAGCCAAAAAUGACUUAAUUGAAAUCAGCCAGGCGAAGCCUUUCAUAAAGACUGUAAUUAAAUACAAAGUCAAGUAAACCUGGAAAUACUUUUCUAAUUUCAUACUUGGUAUGUGCAAAGAUUUCAUUUGGGACUCUAACUGCUUAAGGAAAAGAAAAAUAUGAACUUGAAGGAUUUGAGAAAGCAGCCCAUGCUAUUAAUGCAAGUGGACUGACUGUGUUCUGAAUCCCCGACAGCCACAGAUAGAAAUAUAGCUUUUCUAUUAAAUAAGACAAAAUUGAAGAGAAGUAAAAACAAGACAUCGGCCAAAUGGAAAAAAGUUCCUCCAAAGCCACAUGAGAUGGUAUAUUAAGUGUUCACACGUUGAGUUGCACAGCAUGACAAAUAACACAUUUCCCGUGUAAAAUUGAGUGUGACUGUGUAAAUUGAAAAGGAACCUGGUUAGUUGACUUACUCUGCAUGUACUGUCACUGCUGUGACUAUUCUAAAACACCUUUCCCUUAUGCUUGUUAAUC